AUGUAUCUUACCAUCUCCGUGGCGCCCUUGGCUUGGGACUGCAACGAGUUGCCGAUGCCCUGCGAUAAACUCAGGAGGACCGCUGUCUCUGGGGGUCUUAAGACUUUGGAGUUUUUUGCAAAUGGGGAACCUUCACCAUUUGCAGUUCGGGUCAAGGAGAGAGACUCCGAGCCUACAGCAGGUUUUGUUUUUUUGCGUGUGUCCGCCUCUCCAUUUUAUUCAACUUCUACUGCCUGUCGGGAGGAAGAACAAUUCGCCUCCCUCCUGCCCACCCGCCUCGCUUCUAAGAUAAACAAGAGUUAUAACAAACGGGGCGCCAAGGCCACGUGCUGUGCCUUCGAAAAGCCGCCGCGGGCCCAGGCUUUCAGAGCCGCGGACGCCGGGCUGGCGCGGAGCGGGCUCAGAAACCCCGCGAGGGCGUUAGGGGCCCGCGCUGCGCCUAAGAAGGAUAAGCUUUUAGAGUACCCAGUCACCGUGGUAACUGCCAAAAAAAUUCUCCUGAAGUUUGAAGAGGUCAGCUAG